CGGAAGCAUGCAACCGUCGGGCCAUGUUCCGUAGGUCGACGGUCCAGAUGGCAUUUUGGACCGCGUGGUCCGUUGUCGCAGUCGUUCUCAGUCUCAGCGUACCCACGGCGACCUCGAUCGGUGUGAGCUUCACGCUGAAGUGCGCAGAUGACGACGCCCAAAUUAUUGCGCUUGCGAGCGGCAUCGGCGUCAAGAUUCGUGGUUGUGCUGAGGUGUAACCUUACUGCAACGUCGAGGCCUGUCCCGACGCCGCUCCCAGCGCUGGCGUUCUCAUGUUGAAAGUAUCAUGUUGUCGAAGGGUGGUUUUAUGUCUCCUAGGUCCGGCCGUGGGCCAUACGUUUAACUAUGCCGUUCCCAGACGUGCAGUGCAGCUGCUCCAAAUUUGUUCGAUGCGUGGGCCCUGGAGCGGGCCGUUUUCUGACGGCCCCGAGGCCUGGCGAAGGACCCCUGGAGGCCGAAAGCAGCCCAAAACCUCCCAUUCCGUGGCCACUGUGGCUCAAGGUGAACGCGUCGCGUUGGAUCGUCGCUACUGAACAUUCAUUGCUGCACUUUUUGGCGUUCGUCAUCACAAACAUGGUACACAGACUGAUCUUUCCCGCGGCAUUCGCGCUCGCUUACAUUGUUGGCGCCGAUAUGCAGCUCAUGCAGAUGUCAGUGAAUGGGUCGGACGGUAUGGACGCCGCAGAGCUACGGACUGAAGCAGUGUGUGAGCUGGGAUGCACGCGUUGUGGGUAUAACUGGUACACCAUGCACUGGAAUUCUGGUAGUCCGACUAUUCAUUGGGGCAAGUAUUGCAACUGCUGCGGUGGAACCCAAGGACAGCAAGACGUGUGCAAAUACGUUUGCACGGGACGGACGACGCCGUACCCGACGCCGUACCCGACGCCGUACCCGACGCCGAAGCCGACGCCGAAGCCGACGCCGUACCCGACGCCGUACCCGACGCCG